CUCCAGGCCCCGGCAGAACCAAGAUGGCUACCUGAGCACCGACGAAACGAAGUUCACUUUCUCACUGUAAAUACUGAAGCUUGUUGUGCUUCUCCGCCAUGGACGGAUCACUGUGUGUGGACAAUGAAUACAGAUGGUGGCACCAAUGUUGAGCUGAAGGACUUGCAACUGUGGAUGGAAAGCUGUUCAAGUAAUGUGUCUUUCGGCAAUGUACAGACAAUGUGUCCCAAGGAGGGUCGGCCCCAAAAUACAUUCUACAAGCAUUGAUGCUUCCAUGGCUGACGGACUUGUCAGGCAUCUGCAAAAGAAGAGACACUCGCAUUGUGCAAUAUCUGCUUAAACUUUUUAAGAACUGCUGACCAACCGGCAGGAACUUGAGAUUGAACUUUUGGUGUGGUAUUGAAGACCCCGACCAGUUCUCAGCCAGAGACCACUGGUGUUGGUGUUCAUUUUUAUUGACCCAUCUUACAUUUCUUACUCUUCAGACCCUGUAUUGGUACCUUUCAAAUUGGAGAAAGGAAGUUGCAGAGUUUUUUGUUUGUUUGUUUUUUGACACUGCUGAGCCAUAAGGACAGAAGAGGUAAUGGAUGAUGUUGGCCAUGGUGACGUAGUGUAAAUGGCUAUUCUUCAGCACAUCCCGGUGCCAGUAUCUACUGCUCGAUCUUCCUCUUCCACUCCCCUCUCCUCUUGCUCCUACUUCCCUUAUCUGCUGUCCUUCCUUAAUCAUUACUGCCUCUUGCUGUCCAGUCCUGCCUUUACCCUCCAAACACCAUGGUGGGUUCAGGGUUGGGUGUUUGGAAGCUAAUGCGAGGUGUCCGCCAGCUAGAGCUCCAUCGCCUCAUCCUGGCGCUCAUCAUCUUCUGCUUGCUGUCCAUGGCCUUUUUAGCUUACUAUGUCUCCAACAGCCCAAAAAUCAAGGAGGCCCCUCCUUUACCUUUUAGUGAUUGUGGCGGAGGUGGUGGGAUUUCACUAGGAGUAAGUACGGGCGAUGCAGAAGGAGGGCCAGGUGGCCAGAGGGCACCACUUUUUCUUCCUCCGCGCCAGGGACAACUACACCAUGUUAAGGAUAAUUUAAAGACGGAGCCUGUGGUUCUGGUAUUUGUAGAGAGCAUCUAUUCCCAACUGGGCCAGGAGAUUGUAGCCAUAUUGGAGUCAAGUCGCUUUCACUACCGGACAGAGAUUGCUCCUGGUAAAGGUGACAUGCCCACAUUGACAGAACGUAACCGUGGACGCUAUACUUUGAUCAUCUAUGAAAAUGUCUUGAAAUAUGUCAAUCUUGAUUCGUGGAACCGUGACUUGCUGGACAAGUAUUGUGCUGAGUAUGGAGUAGGUGUCAUUGGCUUUUUCAAAGCGAAUGAAAACUCUCCUUUCAGUGCACAGCUCAAAGGCUUUCCUCUCUAUCUACACUCGCACUUGGGACUCAGGGACUACCGCAUCAACCCCGCUGCUCCUCUACUCUACAUCACCAAGCCUAAUCAGAUGGAGCAGGGCUCCUUACCAGGCGAUGACUGGACCAUUUUCCAGUCUAACCAUUCUACCUAUGAACCAGUGCUUCUAGCUAGAACCAAGACCUCAGAUACACUGGCGCAUUUUGGACCCAGCCCUUUGCGGGCCCUUCAUGCCACAGUAAUCCAAGACUUGGGGCUCCACGAUGGCAUUCAAAGAGUUCUUUUUGGAAAUAAUCUCAACUACUGGCUUCACAAGCUAGUGUUUGUGGAUGCUAUUGCCUACUUGACAGGAAAGAGACUGUGUUUGUCCUUGGACCGUCACAUCCUCGUAGACGUGGACGACAUAUUUGUUGGCAAGGAGGGAACCCGUAUGAAGGUGUCUGAUGUGGAGGCAUUGCUCAACACACAAAACAAACUGCGAGCACUGGUCCCAAAUUUCACCUUUAACUUGGGGUUUUCGGGAAAGUUCUAUCACACAGGCACUGAUGAAGAGGAUCAGGGAGAUGACAUGCUGCUGCAACACAGGAUGGACUUCUGGUGGUUUCCUCACAUGUGGAGCCACAUGCAGCCUCACCUCUUCCACAAUGUCAGCGUUCUGGCUGAGCAGAUGAGACUCAACAAGGUUUUUGCUCAGGAGCAUGGCAUCCCAAUAGAUAUGGGCUAUGCAGUAGCUCCACACCACUCUGGGGUUUAUCCAGUUCACAGCCAGCUAUAUGAAGCCUGGAAAUCUGUGUGGGGAAUCAAGGUGACCAGUACAGAAGAAUACCCUCAUCUAAGGCCAGCUCGAUAUCGACGUGGCUUCAUUCACAAUGGCAUCCAGGUAUUGCCCAGACAAACUUGUGGUCUAUUCACCCAUACAAUCUUCUAUAAUGAAUACCCAGGAGGUUCAAAAGAGCUGGACAAGAGCAUCAGAGGGGGAGAGCUCUUCCUCACCGUCCUCCUAAACCCUAUCAGUAUCUUCAUGACCCAUCUGUCUAACUAUGGCAAUGAUCGUCUGGGUCUGUAUACAUUUGAGUCUUUGGUGAAGUUUGUCCAGUGCUGGACCAACCUCAGGCUGCAAACGUUACCACCAGUCCAGCUUGCCGAGAGGUAUUUCCAAAUCUUUCCUGAUGAGAGAGACCCGCUCUGGCAGAACCCUUGCCAUGAUAAGAGACACAAAGAUAUCUGGUCUAAAGAGAAGACCUGUGACAGAUUGCCAAAGUUUCUCAUCAUUGGACCACAAAAAACAGGUACUACAGCACUUCAUUCAUUCCUGAGCAUCCACCCAGCAAUCACCAGCUCCUUCCCCAGCCCUACCACCUUUGAGGAGAUCCAGUUCUUCAGUGGCGCAAACUAUCACAAUGGGAUUGACUGGUACAUGGACUUCUUCCCAUUCCCUUCCAAUGUCAGCACAGACUUCAUGUUUGAAAAGAGUGCCAACUACUUUGACACAGAAGUAGCCCCUAAAAGAGCUGCGGCCCUGCUCCCCAGGGCCAAGAUCCUGGCAGUGCUCAUUAACCCGGCUGACAGAGCCUACUCCUGGUACCAGCACCAGAGGGCUCAUCAGGACCCUGUAGCCCUUAACCACACUUUCCAUGAAGUAGUUACAGCGGGCGCCUCAGCCCCCAGGGAUCUGCUGGCCCUUCAGAGACACUGCCUUAAUCCUGGGGCAUAUGCUAUCCACCUGGACCGCUGGCUGCAACAUUACCAAGCCAGCCAGCUACACAUUGUUGAUGGGGCGCUGCUGCGGUCCAACCCAGUACUGGUGAUGGAGGGAAUACAGAGAUUCCUUGGUGUCACCCCCAUCUUCAACUACACCCAGGCUUUAAUGUAUGAUGACAGCAAAGGUUUCUGGUGUCAGCGAGUGGAGGGCGGUCGAGCCAAAUGUCUGGGAAAGAGUAAAGGCAGGAAGUACCCGGAGUUGAGUUCUGAGUCGCGUGCCUUUCUAGCAGAGUAUUACCAUGAGCACAACAUGGAUCUCCUGCGUUUGUUGAGCCGGUUGGGUCAGCCGUUGCCAUCCUGGCUCCGCCAAGAACUCCAGAGCACCAGCUGGAGCUGAGGCUCAGACACACUGCAGAAAAGCUUGGACUAGAGUCUGUGGUCGAGUCAACAUUUGGCUCCGGACGAGACUGGACUACCUGAUCUGGAAUCGGCAGCAACACACACUAUCAAAGUUACAAUGCUUGAGCAGAUGUUAAGAGUGCCUGUGCUCCGUGAAAAAAGACCGUACAAUCUGAUCUUAAUGUUUUGGUCACUGCUUGAGACGAUUCCAGCAGACCGCCUCCUCUUGACCUUUCACCAACCUCCCAGACAGCUUUUAGCCUCCGUGUUGCAAAUGAGGUUCAUGCUGUACCCGCUGGCUGUGGAUCCAGAGAAGUGGGUGGGCAUCAGGUCCAUAGCAUAAAGAACAGGUAGACGGCAUUAAUGAGGAGAGAAGUUCAGUGUGUGCACAUGUGAAGUCUGCGACUGGAAACGGGACUAACACGCACAACCACACACACACACCCCACACAAAGAUGAUUUUAAAGCAGUCUAUUUUUUAAAAAGGCUUGUAUAUGUUACGUUUGGGGGCAGAAGCAGUUUAUCCUCAGCUCUCCAGUCAGUGAACAAGAGUCACAGACAGAAAUGGAACUGAGUUGAUGACAGAUCAGUGUAAAUAUGUUUUUAGAGUUAUGGUCCAUGCUGUGCCUGCCACCAGCAUCCUGACAGUGAGCAGUUUUAUUCCACUUGAUUUAUUUAGGCCAAGGGAAAGCUGAUUUUUGAAGGAUGGCAGUUUUCCAACUUUCAGCUGUUUUCCAACUCUGCAGAUAAGUUUUUGAAAAUAUACCCUCCAUGUUAUGCAAGUAAAGAAACACUAAACACUGAUGAGUACAGAUUUUUUCGUUGGAACUCAAUUUUCAGCUAUUUGAUGUGCUGUAAAAGGAUAUUUGGGGAUAUCUGCCAGUGUUAUGUUCUGUCAUUUAGUCUGUAGUCAGGGAUAGCUCUCUGCAGUAGCUGCUGAUCGAAACCUUGGCCACGUCUUUGUACAUCCCAACAUCAACAGACAACACUGAAGCUGGAACGCUCUCAGAUCCUAGCUGACUAGAGUGCAUGAAGAAAAUGGUCAACUUCUAAACUAAAAUAUUUGUUUAAAGGCAAAUGCUCUCCUAAAUUCUAGUGAUUUAGGAUCCAAAAGUGACAGAAUUUUAAAAUGUAUUAUUAUCAAAGGCUGCUAUAAGUCUGCUGUCUUUCAAACUUCAGUUUAAACCACAGGCUUCGUCUUUUGAGUAUCAAAGCUGUCGUAGCCCUGAUGACCUCAGGGCAGUUUGGAGAUGUCAACUGAACUUAACCAACUGGGAGAGUGGGAACUGUAUUAUUUUGGGUAGUGUAAUGUUAACUUAUGUUUUUCACUUCUUUACAUUUUGGUAGUGAUAAACUGGUUACGCUGAUCCUGGCACGGUGUGGUAGCAAGGCAUGGCUGUGGACCAGUGUGGGCUGUUUGACUGUGAGACGGCCAUAUCUCUGUAAGAGUAGCCGUGUCGGAGAAAAGGGAAAAAUGUAUAUGCACACAAAAUUUGACAAAUUAAAGGAAAAACCUGGUCUUUCUAUUAUAACGUGAGGGGCAUUUCACUGGCAUGAUUUACCUCUACUUGUCCCUUAAAGGGACGAGUUCCAAGUGAUCACCUGUAUCCUUUGAAAUGUUCCUAUCCUGGUCUACUGCAAAGUGACAGUGCCCCCAACUACAGAGCAUUAGGGCUCACUGACAUGUUUGAGUAUGAAAAUAAUGUGAACAUAUGCUGUGGAGGAUUCUGUGGACUUGCAGAUUUCUCAGCUGUCAUUACCCCACUCACAGCUGUCAUAGGACAAGAAAAUGGACACCAGAGUUACUAAGGCGAUCUGUUGAAGUCUUGUUUUCUGUUUGUUUAGCACAACUGUCAAAAAGACCAACAUUGUAUCAUCUCUAAUAAACACAUAGAGACUGAAAA